CGCAGACAUACAUGUCAAGUAACUGAAACUCACCUGUUGUUGGUCCGUUGUCGUUGUGACGAAUUUUGGGGCUUUCCCCAGCUGUGGCGUAUGGGGGAUUUCCACCCACCAGAACACUGUAGUUUAUCAAGAGAAAAAGUGAAACAAAAUCAAGCGAGAGCGUGAGGAAUCUGCAUGUCAACAAGCGUCCGUGAAUGAGCCAGAGCUGAAGAUUUGUCUCCCGAGAGUUUUUCCCGUAAAAGCUUCCGUCAACUCCAUUCUUAACAACGAAAUAGGCGAAGCACCCGGAAAUGAGUCCACAGCGCUGAACUCAUCACUGUUUCGGAGGAUUUUCAUUUCAAUCCAGCACAAAAGCUAUCAACGAGUGCGUGAAGAAACCAGAGAGAGCCUUUUAUUCUUCCUUAUUGCUCUUGCAAUGAGAAACAUGAGUGUUCGGAACGGCACAGCGGAUAAUGGAGGUCAAGAAAUAGAUAUUAUAAAUGAGUACCUUUUGGAGAAAUCAACCAAAGAGAUGUCCUUGACAGCCCCUCUGACAACAACUCUCCCUGGUCCCCCACCUCCACCUGCGGACCAGGACAUGCAGUUGUUAGACCCUCCAUCUAGGAGCAGGCGCAGCACUCCAGUUUUGGUUGCCAGAGGAGCUGCACCACAGCACUCAUUCAACUUUAACCAGGCCCCCACCACUCACACUGAUAGUAUGGCACCAAUGCAUGCUCUGCGAGGUCACAAAGGGGGAUCUCAGCGACGGGGACAGGGCUCUGCAGUGGCCCAGUGUCGUCUGCCUCAUCAGACUGGAACGGAACAUCUGGAGCGCUUCCUGGAAAAGCCAGAGAUAGUUGUGGUUGAGCAGCCAAAGGAGCGAGGCAUGCGGUUUCGCUAUGAGUGUGAGGGACGAUCAGCAGGCAGCAUCCUUGGAGCCUCCAGCACUGAUGUCAACAAGACCUUGCCUGCCAUUGAAAUUCAAGGCCCCAUUGACAAUAUCAAGAAAGUGACAGUCACCGUGUCUCUUGUGACAAAGGACAUCCCUUACCGCCCUCACCCACACUGCUUGGUUGGAAAAGACUGUUCCGACGGCAUCUGUGUCAUCCACAUCAUUCCCCAUAGUAGUUGCCGGCACAGCUUUGCAAAUUUGGGCAUCCAGUGUAUCCGGAGGAAGGAACUUGAUGCCUCUCUGCAGAAGAGGAGGAAUAAAAAUAUUGAUCCUUUUAACACGGGCCACUCUAAGAGCAUUGAGGACAUGGACAUGAAUGUUGUGAGACUGUGUUUCCAGUGUGAGCUGGAAAGAAAAGACGGAGAAAGGAUCCACCUCGCUCCUGUGGUUUCCAACCCCAUCUAUGACAAGAAGGCGACCACAACAGCAGAACUGAAAAUCAAUCGGCUUAAUGUCAUCAGAGGCCCCUGCACAGGAAAGACUGAAAUUUACAUGCUCUGUGACAAAGUGCAAAAAGAUGACAUUGACAUAAUCUUCAGCUUGGAGGAUUGGGAGGCCAAGGCGGAGUUUGCUCAGACCGAUGUCCACAGACAGAUUGCCAUCGUCUUCAAGUCCCCACCCUUCAGGGAGCAGAACAUAUCUGAGGAGAUGGAGGUCAACGUGUGUCUACGCCGCUUGUCUGAUCGGAUGGACAGCGAGCCAGUCAAGUUCACCUACGUUCCAGACAACGCUGAUCCUUACGGAGUGAACCGCAAGAGGAAAAUAAAAUCAGACAUACAAUUCAGCGAGCCGUGCAGCGUCCCUCAAGGUCAAGACAUAACCGUGAACGAACCCAGCACAUCACAGCCAUUCGACCCAUUCUAUACUCUUCCGGAGUGUAACAUUCCCUCAGCUCCCAUUGCAGUCCCUGCUCCGGAGGGGGGCAUCCAAAUGCCACCCCAGGGCAUGGAGGAAAUUCACUAUAAUGAAGACUUUAGACAGGAGGACAGUUGUGUUAGUCUGGACCAAGAUGCUUUGGACAGCAUUCUACAUGGGCUCACUCAGUGUUUUGGUGUGCAAGGUCCUGACCAGCUUUUUACACAGUUAAUUUUUGGAUCCGAUUUCAACUGCACUUUAGACGGCACAGAAACAAAACCAAACCUACUAGUCAACCAACCUAUGAUGAACAUGGCGUCUAUAAAUGAUGCACACUUCAAUCAGAUGGUGAGUGAGAAUCAGGUGUAUCCACCAGACUUGGAGAACAUUGAAGGCCUCUUAGGCCCAGUGAAGAGUGAGAAUGAGCUGGAUCUUUGAAUGCCUCUAAAGACUCUAAAGCAUCUUGACUAUUAGGACUUUGAAAUAGUUGUGGACUAACUUUGUUGUAACAUGCCAAACUAGUUUAACUGGCACUGUUUGACUUCCGGUUUGGUAGUGUGUGAAUAUUAAUGAAGUAAAUGAUCUGCACAUCUGAAAUGUGAAAGCUGAGGCUGAUACAGCUAGCAGCUGAUGAAAGGCGGGACUUUAAGGGAUAGUGCACCCAAAAAUGAAAAUUCUGUCAUUUACUCACCUUAUAUUGUUCUAAACAAUAUGAGAUGCAAGUCUGAAUGUUAAGGCACCUGCAUAAUUCCUAUGAAACUGAAGAACAAACAGUCAUGACGUCCUUUUUUUGUUUCAUUAAUCUACAAAAUAAUCCAGCCUACUCAAAUACUCUUAAGUGCCCAUUCACUCAUGUGGCAUCUGCAGCAGAAAGCCAUUCUCACAUCUGCCCAAAGAUAUGCCUAUAAUCAUUUUUUUGAUGAGUAUUCUACCCAUUAACACUCUUUUAUACACCCAUUUUUGCAGUAGUAUCGGUGUCAUCAUAAAUUACAAUAACAGAGUGUAAUCAGCUCAUAUUAUGUCUACAAAUAGCAUGUUAGCGCAUUAGCACUAUGGAUUCAGAAUGUAAACAAGACAAAUUACGCAUUAUCUACUGCAUAAAUAUUAUUUUAAAUCAUCAUCGAGUGGUUAAAACAGCUUCUUUUACUGAUCUGAAUUCUACUCAUAGAAUGAUGCAUGAAGUCAUUGAUAUUAGGGCUGAUGAUUAGUCGACAUUAUCGACAACGUUGACAAUAAAUGCACACUGUCGUGGGGAUGCUCAUCAUUCGAGCAUGCAUUUAAUGCAGCUAGAUUAUAACGUGAUGGCUCGUGACUUAUUGAAGCAUAAUAUAUGACACUGCAUUUCUUAUCAUGAAGAAAAUUGGCAAUACACAGCUUUAUUAAUAUGAUAGAGUGGUUUAUUGAGAGUUAAAGAUGGAUUGAAGUGAAUAGAAAUGUGAGAGAGGAAGUCUUCGCCCCAUUAUACACUGCAACAAAAUACAUUUUUGAUUUGUUUUGGUUUUGGCUUGUUUUCCAAUAUAAAUAUCUUAAAGUUCUUUAAAACAACAUAUAUUUUAUUUAGCAGCUAUACUGCAGAAGAAAGAAUUGUUAUCCGAGUAUGUUGAAUAAAACAAUAAAAAACAUUUUAAAAUAUCUAAAAAUCCUUUAAAAAAAGAUGCAUUCACCUGAGCAGCAGCAUAUAAGAUAUUUAGACUUGCUUUUAGAGAAAAUAUCUUCAAUAUUUUUAGUCUUUACUGCACUUGCAGAAGUAUAACCAAGUGAAAAAUACACUUGUAUACAAAAUGCACUUAUAUUUGUGCCUUAAAUCAAGUCUAAAUAUCUUAUAUGUUACUUAUCAAUUCAAUGUAUCUUGUUUUAAGAAUUUUUAGAUGAUUUUAAACGGAAAACAAGACAAAAACACUUGAUAACAGUAGGAUUUUUUUUGCAGUGAAUUUCUUUACUGAUUUAAACUUAAAAGUAUUUCUUCCCUUUAUUUCAGUGAAUGUCAUUUAGAGGUAUUUUUAAAAGAUGAUUUUGUCCUCUUUGUUGUUAGUGAGCGUGUUUAAUACAACCUAUAAAUACAAGUCAGGGCACAAGCUGAAUAAUCGGUGAUUGAAUGAUUCAUCUGUGCAAUAAUCGCAGAAUAGUCGAAUAAUCGUUCUAAUAAUCGAUUAUCAAAAACUAAUACUAAUAAACAUUAGUUGCAGCCCUAAUUGAUAGCACAAUUUAAUGUCAUGUUAGUUGAUGUUUUACAUGUAGUCUUGAGCGUCAUCAUUUUUAAAUGUAUCUCUAAAAUGCCUCCUACAGCGGUUUUGCCGGUGUUUGAAUGUUUGCAAACAGUAUGAUGUUGCUAAGCUGUUUUUAACUUCUUUUUGGCUCUGAAUGAAGACACACUUCUUCGUAAGUGCACUGGGGCAAUGACAUCCUUAGUCACCAUUUACUUGCAUUCUAAGGAAAAUAGGUAUCAAUAUUCUUCAAAAUUUCUCAAGGACAGAAUUGUAAUUUUUGGAGUGAACUAUCCCUUUAAAUUACAAAUCCGAUUUUCAGCCAUUUGGACCAUUGUAGGGUAAUGGAGAUAAGCAUGUAGUCAUUGUGUUUUUAAGUAGUCAUUACAAAAGAAGCAACUGAUGCUGCUCAGCUGCUUUUAUUGUGCCAGUUAUGAAAUGUGUCUGUCAUUUGCUAAUUAAAUGUAUGGCUUUCAGAGCAAAACUCAGUAGUCCCAGACCUAAAGUCACUAACAUAUUUAAGUUUUGUAUGUAACAAGAUAAUUUUGUGGGCAGCAUUUCUGAACAGUUCAAGCUUUGAGGAAUUUCACUUAACUGCAUUAAGGGGACAUAAUUACACAUGUAGUAUCUUUCUGUAGCGAUAUGCGGGGUAGCCCCACCCACAGAGAAAGCUCAUUGGUCCAAAAUCUGCUCCGCAGAAGUGUGUACAAAUUCCCUUUCAAUCUCUGGUGUAUAUCGAACAUUAAAUAUGUUCUGAUUGGCUGUGUUAUGCAGCAUUUCCUGUGUGGACAGACACAUUGAGGAUUUCUUGAUGCUAAAAAUCCUGUCGCAUCACACCUGGUCAGGACAAUUUGUGAAAUUAAGCAGGAGACUGAAAAUGAUGUCAGUGGCAAAUAUAUUUGAGUGCUUUUGUCAGUGCUGUAACUGUACAUUUUAAUAUACACAUUAAUGUUGAAGGAAGUCGGUGGCACAAUAGGAAUGUAAUCAUUGGAAAUGCAUUUCGUCCAUCUAAACAUAUAUAAUGUCUAUAAUAAUGUUAUAAUCUUGUGCCAUGUAAAAAAUGUCUAGCGUUGUUGCUAUUGUUGCUUUCUGCUUAUAUUGUGUAUGUAACUGUUGCUGUCAAUAUUAAAAUCAUGUGUUUUGAAAAAUGAAUAGUUUGACUCCGUUUUGGUUGUCUCUUUAUAUACUUGCCUAUUAAUCACCUACUUCAUUAUCGAUUCCUUUUUCAAAAGUGGGCGGCUUAUGGCCAGAGUCCAACCAAAUGUGCCUCACCAUGUUAACGUAAAUUCAAAACAGUCAGACAGGCAAUCGUUUGCCUGCUCAACAUAGUUUUCAUUAGUGUUGUGAAGUAACAAACUAAAAGUGGCAUUGCAACUAACUUAAAGGAACAGCUCACCCAAAAAUGAAAAGUCACUCAUCAUUUACGCACCCUCAUGCCAUCCCAGAUGUGUAUAACUUUCUUCUGUAGAACACAAACAAAUAUUUUUAGAAGAAUAUUUCAGCUCUACAGGUCCAUACAAUGCAAGUGAAUGGUGACCAAAAUUUGAAGCUCCCGAAGACAGCAUAAAAGUAAUCCAUAUGAAUCCAGUGGUUAAAUCUGUGUUUAGAAAUUAUAUCCUAGGUGUCAGUGAGAAAUAGAUCAAUAUAUAAGUUCUUAAUUUACUACAAAUCACCACUUUCACUUUCAUAUUCUUUUGUUUUUGCCAAUUCACAU